UUACCAUAGGGUAUAGUGUGGUAAUAUCAAUAUAUAUUUCGUUACCACCUAAUACCAUAUGGUAUAGAGUCAUAAUAUCAAUAUAUAUUAUCUAAAAGGAAGGAAAAAAACAGAAGGAGGGAGAGAAAAAAUCGUCUUCUGAUGCCUCUCAUUUCCUCUUCCUCAAUCAAGAACACCAAAAUGCCAAAAAAAUGAGAAAGAUCGGAAUUGAGGCCAACGAGUUGAUGAAGAGAAGAAAUGCAAAGAAAGAGAGUGGCUACAAUUUUUAUUCGUCUAUUGCUAGAGAAAAAAGUGAAGAAGGAAGAGAGCAGAUCUAAAUUUGAAAAGGAGAUUGUGAAAGAAAAAGUAAGAGAGAAGGAAUAGAGAAAGAGAAAGGAUCUGGAAAGAGAUUGAAAGAAAAAAAGAGAGAAGGAAGAAAGUUGAGUUGCAGAGAAAAUGCAUUGUCUCUCUUUCAUUGAAAAUUCAGCCAUUGAAGGAGCUAGGAUUGUCGUCGUGUGGUUGGAUGUGUGAAGUUAUGGAGCGGGUAGAUGAUACAGUGCUAGAGCAAUUCGUGGUGGUUCUAUGGAUGAUGUGGAGUGAGAGAAACAACCAAUUGUUCAAUCGGAAGAAGGCAGAAGAGUGGGAGGUUGUGGGGAGGGCUCUAAGCUACUGGGAGGAGUAUGCGUCAUACCACAAAAGGGAGGAGCAGGUCAAGGAGACAGAAGCAGUUACCUGGAAGCGGCCGCCGACUGGGUGGGUAAAGGCGAACGUGGACGCGGCGGUGAUUGAAGGACAGGGCACGGGACUGGGGAUGGUUCUGAGAGACGAGAACGGAGGCUUCCUUCGGGCUGCGGUGCGGCGAGAGCGACGAUGCUGGCCACCGGAAAUUGCGGAAAUGAAAGCGGUGGAAUUCGGCCUGAAGCAGCUGGAAAUGGGUGGCUUUCGCCGGGCGGUGGUGGAGAUGGAUUGCUUGCAGGUGGAGAGUGCGCUUCACCGGGCGGAUCACUCGAGGCUGGAAACGGGUCAUGUGAUCAAAGAACUGCAGGCCGAGGCCCAAAGAGUUGGGGAGAUUCAAUGGAGCUUUGUUAAACAGGCUGGGAAUAGUCUGGCCCAUAAUAUGGCCCACUCUCUAUAUAAUUGGGAAACCCAAGAGGUCUUGGACUCUAGACCACCUAUUUUCCUCCUAGACAGUUUGACUAAGGAGAUGGCAAGCUAUUAAUAAAAUUUCAGAAGUUGAUUAUAAAAAAAAAAAAAAAGUCAGCCAUUGAAAUGCGGAAUGAAUAAUAAAAAUUAAA